ACAAUUUAGCGCCUCUAUAUAAGAAGAGAAACCCUAAACCUAAGUAGAUACUAGAUCGAUUCACUCUUUUUUCUUUCUCUUUGAUAGCAAUGGAAGCGGAAAUAUCAUUUCGCAGCGAAAUCGACCUCAAACCUAAAUCCAAAGAUGCUGGAUCAUUUAAAAUCUGCGUAAGUGCCCUAAGGUCGGACACAUCAAUUAGUUUAUAUCUUAUACCAAAUUUCGUUCUCUCGUACGAAGGCGUCAUAUCCUCCUACCCUAAUGACUUGAAAAAACUGACUGAUUGGUUGUACUUAGCAGGGCUCUCCGACCAAUAUGUUGACAUUGCUAACUCUCAACUUACUGAACGAAUCUGUAAGUCGAUUAUUAUGGUAGACUCUCCAGUUUGUGCUACGUUAGUGUACAUGUACUGUAAAGUCAUUGUUCCCUCUCCUCCUUGGAUUGACUCGUUCGAUGAGACCACCAAUAAUAUCCGGUUAAUUAGACCGGCAAGUAAGCUUGCGGUUGGUCGUUUGGCAAGGAAAAUAUAUAAGAACAAUAAGAAGAAGACGUCCAAGUUUGACGCCAGCAUGUGCGCAAUUUGUUUGGAGGGGUUUGAAAAGGGAGAAAUAGUCGUGACCUUACCAUGUGGCCACGAGUUUGACGAUGGAUGUAUUGUGAAGUGGUUUUUGAAAGAUCAUGUUUGUCCAUUGUGCCGUUUCGAGUUGCCGUGUUAAGAGAUGAGCUAAUACUUGGGGGACAAGUUAAAGGGUUAAAGGGAGCUUAGAAUUUUAAGGGCUAUUUAGAGGUAGUGUUUUCAGUUAAAGCUAAUCACAUCGAGACUUUGUUUUUGAUAACUUGAGACUCGCAUAACAAGCUUGCAUUUACGCCGUUCAGUUUCUUUAGCUUGAUGAUUUAUCCUAAAGUCUAGAAACUAAAUUUAA